AUGGCCACAGGGGAGGACAAGGUGGGGAAUGAAGGAGCAACUUUUAUGGGCGUGUCGAUGAAGCACUUGUCGCUCCUGAUUCUCCUUCUCCAGAACAGUACACUCGUCUUGAUGAUGCGCUACUCCCGAGUGAACGUCGACCCAGACCAGCCAAUGUACCUCGCUUCAACAGCGGUCUUCUUUGCAGAGCUCAUCAAGCUGCUCGCCUGUGUAUUAGUACUCGCCUACAAAACGAAAUCCAUCCCACGCACAUUCUACAUCCUCCGCAAGGAUAUCGUCGACCAGCCUCAGGAGAUCCUCAAAAUGCUGGUGCCUUCAGGACUCUACGCCCUCCAGAACAAUCUUCUCUAUGUCGCCCUCUCCAACCUCGAGGCCGCCACCUUCCAGGUCACCUACCAAAUGAAGAUUCUCUCGACGGCCGUCUUCUCCGUCAUGAUGCUCAACCGGAGGCUGACUCGCCAAAAGUGGUUCGCUCUCUGUCUGCUCAUGGUUGGAGUCACGUUGGUCCAGCUCCAGAAUGUUGGAUCCAAAGUCAGUACUGUGGUGGUCGACAGCAAGGAGGAGGAUGAGUUCUCGUCCGACGGACUCGAUGGCGGCAUGGGUGACGAACUGGGCGAUGCUGGCAUGGUGGGCGAUAUUGUGGACGAGGAGACUGGACCUGUGCAGAACCCCUUUAUUGGUCUGGUUGCUGUCUUGACUUCAUGCGUGUCAUCUGGAUUCGCCGGUUGCUACUUUGAAAAGAUUCUCAAGGGCGCAGAGGCCGACAUGUGGGUCAGGAACAUCCAGCUCGGUCUUUCGGGAGCCCUGUUCAGUUUCUUGGCUAUGUUCUACGAUCGCCAGAGAAUCUUUGAGGGCGGUAUCUUCCAGGGAUAUACUGCCAUGACAUGGGUUGUCGUUGCCAACCAGGCUCUUGGAGGACUGUUGGUCGCCAUUGUGGUCAAGUACGCCGACAACAUUCUCAAGGGCUUUGCCACCUCGCUGUCGAUCAUCAUCUCGGGCAUUAUCUCGGUGUACUUUUUCGACUUUGAGCCAUCGAUCCAGUUCCAGCUCGGCACUCUUGUCGUCAUCUGCUCGACUUAUCUCUAUGGCCGUCCCGACUCUGCAGUUCCUGGGUUUAUCCGUCCCACCAAGAAGUGA